UAGUAUUAUAUUAGUAUAUAUACACACUACUCUGCUUCUGGAGACUUCUAAAUAGAGAGAGAGAUUGAUGUUUCUCUCUGCAACACUUGCAAAUGGCCUUUUAGUAUUUAUUGAGAAGUAUACGUAUAAUACUUGAGUAGUUGUGUACGUACACUUUCUACUAUAUAUUCAUCAUAAUCACAAUUCACUCACACAUUUGCAGGAAAAGGGUGCGUUGGAACAAGAAAAAGAUUGUAUUUUUAAUCUCUUUUGUGAGUGAUUAUUUUGGUUUUUGAGCUUGAUCGAUGAAAUGGCUGGCGAAGAAGAUAAAAGCUGUGAUUUUUAUGCUGUUUUGGAGUUGAAGAAGGAAUGCACAUCAGCUGAGCUACGGCAUGCCUACAAGAAACUUGCUCUGAAAUGGCAUCCAGAUAGAUUCUCUGCUUCAGGGAAAUCAAAGUAUUUAGAUGAGGCAAAGAAGAAAUUUCAAGCUAUUCAGCAAGCAUAUUCAGUGCUUUCAGACACCAACAAGAGGUUUUUGUACGAUGUAGGAGUCUAUGACUGCGAUGAUGACGACGAUAAUAAUGGAAUGGGUGAAUUCUUGAAUGAGAUGACAACAAUGAUGAGCCAAACAAAAUCCCAAGAGAGUGGGAACGAGACAUUGGAAGAACUUCAAGAACUAUUCGAUGAGCUCUUCGAGAGUGACAUCAAUGCCUUCGCUGGCUCAUCUCGGUCAUCUACGCCCCCAACGCGCUCCUCCUCAUCGUCCUCAGCCUCAGGCAACGAGGCCUAUGGCGUAUCCAGCAAAUGGGACUCGAAGGAAGCUGAAGCUUCCCAUUUUGAAGGAUUUUGCUUAGGGACAGGUGGAGGGUCGGGGAAGCGCCCUAGUGGAGAGAGCAGUCGGAAAAGGAGUGCAAGGUUAGGUCGGAGGUAGUUUCCGACCUAGCUAGCUCACUAAUAUGUGUGGCCAUCACUAUAUAAAGUCGGGUUACGACUAAAAAAGGUCGGGUUGCAACCUAUUUCCACCUCUAGAUAUUUAUGGAAGAUUUGAAUCCAUAACAACAAUGAUUUGAUUAGAUCUCUCUUGUAACAUUGUUGCAUUGGUUUUCUUGUAUUUCCUCAAGUUUCAACGUUGUUAUUUUUGGGCUCAA